UGGAGGUGGAAGUGGCUGAUUUUAAACUGAUACUGGGAGCCCACUGGUAACUCCACCAAGCUUUUGGGCGAUAAUCAGCCUGGAUUCAUCUGCCUUUGUCAGGACGUUUUGGCAUUGCUUGCCGCCGGCUGUGCCUGCUGGGUAGGCACCCCCAGUCUUGGAUCCUUUCUUAAGAAUCAUCUUCACUAUAACUGUGCCUUGGACAACUUUGCUGCUGUCUGGAUUGUUACAUCUGGAUUGCUGUCUGCUGUGUUGAAGGUGCUGCUGCUCGUCUUUUUCUUCCUGAGCCUUUUAGGCAGGGGUAUGUUCUGUCAGGCAGAUCCUUACAGAGAUCUUGGAUUUAUGUUGCUCACUGUUUUGUUUGGAUCACUGCCUCCUGCUGCCUGUUGAUUCUGUCACCUUGAUAGGUGGCCCAAGGACCUCACUUAUCUUCUCCUGGACAUUAACUGUGGCAUCUUUCUAUGGGAUGAUAGCACAAGGUGCAUGUUGGCACCAGCCACGCCUUGCUGUGAAACUUAGGUGCAGAAAUGAGAGUUGAGAACAGAGAUUUUGGAACAUCACCCAAGCAGGACUUGGCAUUCCACCCCAAGGAAAUCACUCCUUCACUCGUACAAAACUUAUGGAGCUGCAGAGACAUUCCAAAUCUAUAAGAGAUCCUCAUAAACUACCAGAAACUUUGGAAACCCCCUACCUGCAAGAACCCAUAAGCAAUGUGGGACAGCACAUCAAGCUGGAGAUGGGGGUUGAGGGAGAGGAUGUCCAAUCUCCACCCCCUAAACUCUCUCGCCCACCAGCACCUUCUAGUGGCACCCUUGUUCAGAGUUUGAAUGGGUUGCCAGGGGCAGACAGGCGGGCACAUGCUCCUGGAGUGACGACAGGAGGCCUUGACCAAGGAGAAACUUCUCGACUGGGGCACUACUUGUUGAUUGACAGUCAGGGGCUGCCCUACACUGUACUGGUGGAAGAGGGAGCGGGGACAGCGGGGGGCCCCGAAGGGGGUGGGAGUGGGGGGACCUUGCGCAAGGUAUAUAGCUGCCCUGUGUGCUUGCGGACAUUUGAGUACCUGUCUUACCUGCAGCGCCACAGCAUUACUCACUCAGAAAGCAAGCCCCACGUCUGCCGAGCAUGUGGCAAAGCUUUCAAGCGCACUUCCCACUUGGAGCGCCAUAAGUAUACCCACUCAGGCCGGAAGCCUCAUCAGUGCCCCAUCUGUCAGCGCCGCUUCCGUGACUCUGGAGAGCUCUCACAUCACCAGCGGGUGCACACUGGUGAGCGGCCCUACCAGUGUGAAGCAUGCCACAUGCGCUUUGGGGAGCGCAACACCCUCCAGAGGCACAUCCGCCGGAAGCACCGUCUGCAGCUCCUCCCCACGCCGUAAAGACAGAUCUUUGGAGGGACUUGAUUUGGCCUGACCUAUUUAGGGAAGUGUCAUCCAGACUGCGCUAGCUUCCAUGCAUGCUGUGGUAAUCCUAGCCUGCUUAAAUCUGCCUGUGUUUUAUGAAUCUGAUACUUCCACAUCAGUCAACCCAAUGAUGGCUUUUUCCACAGGAAAAACGAGUGGAGAAUUUCUCCCAGGUGUGCUAAAAAUUAUCAGGCAGGCUGAACCAGCGGGCCAAGGUUUGGCAUGGACGUCUCCUACUUCCUCAUGCCAACAAGGACCCGGUAUGGUCUUUUAUAGAUACUAGAGUGUGUCAUGCCUGUAUGUUCCCCCUGCCCCACCUGCCAGGAAGAUCCCCUCCUGCUUUGUCCUCAGGCAUCACUGUUAGCACUGCCCCUAUAGGCCAUGCACACCUAGCAUGGAUACAAUGGCUGAACAUCGCUUCUCCACCACACGCAGCAUAGCCUGGUUGCAUUUAACUUGGCUUCAGAGUUCUGGCAGGAGCCGUUUUGACUCCCAACAGACACUGCCUAGACUUGCACAUACUGCAUAACACUUUAUUAUCUAUGCCCAAAAGACAAGUUAUCAGGUAGACUGACAUUGCAUGCCUAUUAAUAAUGCAUUUGUGGACCUGGUGUUGAAAUCUACUGCCCGCUAAGCCUGGAAGUAGGCCUCCCUUUUCAUGUAUCUGUCAACCCACAAACAGCAUGGCAACCAUGGCCUGGUGGAAGAUUAGGGCAUUAUUAUCCAUUCUAGGGUUUGUAUAAAUAUUCCAACUGGUGUGGGAAGGGAUGCUAAAUUGGGCAGCUAUGAGGAUUCCUUUUUCUUCUACCUAGGAUUUCAAAGAGAACAGAGCACUUUUGUCCAAGUGAAUAAUAGAAGAGGCUG